AUUGAUUUUAGCCGCGUGGAGCCACUAAUUGCAUCUUCGAAUUUAAUAUCGACUAUUGUUUUAGGACUCUGAAAACAAUGGUCUUUGAGAAAAUGAACUAUCAAUGUAAUUGGAAUAUAAUGAGCUUGGUUUUCUUGACGCUACCAAUUAUGUUUACUACGCGGAAAGCGAUAUUGUCUCUGCAGUUCAUCUGUUUAAAAUGCAUGAAUAUACUAAACGUAGCUAGUUUCACUGUCAUUCAGCUCGGGGUGGUUUCUACGACAGGGAGGAAGUUAUUUCACGAGAAAAGAACUAAAAUUUAUCGGUAAGUACAAUCAUAAACUGUCCGAAGUAUAGUGUAAUCUCGGGAAACUGUUUGCAAGGCUGUCUUCGAUUCGUGGUGAAGAAAGCUGCGCUAUUUAAAUGGCUUGCGUGGUAAACAACCCCAUAAAAAUAGAAGUCUGAGUUUUAGUCAUUGUCGCUAAGGAUUAAAAUUCUUUUUGAUUGACCUUUUGGGGCCUUAUGUUCCUAUUUUGUGAACUAAAACCUUGUAACUUUUGUGUCAUCGCGAGACUGGUGAGUUGCAAGUAAGAUUAGGUAGAAUGGUUUGCACGUUGUUUAUGUCUAAGGGACGUAAGUCUUAACGUUAAGCGAAGGACUGAAACAGAAAUACGAGUGACUGAAAAUUUAUCUGGAGGUGCUGUUCUAACCACGAAAGAACUACUAUAAUGUUUUAUAAGUGUCGUGUUGUUUCAUCUCGUUUUGUUUAACGUACAGAUUAAUUCAAGAUCAAAUUGAGUUUACGUCAAAGGAAGUGCUGAAUUUUUUUUAUAAAAAUACAGUUCAUGCGUAAGGAAUGUGAAGAAUUAUUCAGCCUUUUCGGAUGGUCAUCUUAAGAUUGGAAAAGAAUAUCCAAAUAUCUUUUUGUCGCUAAUUGUUUUGCUCUAUUGUAAUAAUGAAGUGAAAUGAAAUUAAAAAGACAAUUUUUGUGUUAUUUAUAAAAAGGAAUCAAGUGUACAAUAUUACAGAUUUUAUAAAAAGUAAACUGCACUUUGACCUGUCAAUCAGGUUAUCAAAUAUUCAACUUCAGUAACGGGCACAGCUGAGAAAUUAUACUUAACGUAAUAUAUAGAGAGGCCCAAUUAGCUAGAAUUUCAAUUAACUAGUGAUGAUAAUAAAUUCUGAUCACGUGUUUUUGCAAGUAACGAUAAUCUUCUCUAAGUACAUUAAUUCCCCCUAAUUUUGGAUGCUUUUAAUAAUGUCUGAUAAUAGACCUGUCCAAUUUUUUUUUGGAGGGGGGGGGAUUUUUUUGUCAGAAAAUGUUACAGAGCAUAUAAGUUAGAAUAAUUUGUGUAAAGUGUGUCUGUUAAAGGAGCAAUUAACCAAUACAUGUCGUAUAGCUUAUGGCUAAAGAGUAAGACAGAGUCAGUAUAAGAAAAAAUGAGUUGGCUGCUAGGGUAGAUUCUUAUGAGGACCUAAAGAAAUGCACAGAACAUUCUGUUUUGACCAGGAGCCAAUGGAUCAGUUAAUCAGCUCGUAGUUUUGACUUACUGUGAUUUGGACAAAGUGCUGAUCUGUUUACGUAUCUGAAUUUUUUUUUUUAGAUUUGUAAUGGCAUGUCAAUGAAUCCUCUUUUAUAAUGUCCAAAACACUGUCUGACAUCAAUAACAUUCAGCCAGAUAUUUAAUGCCUGAUAUUAAACACAUUCUAAACCUUUUUGGUGUACUUUUGUACGUCUGUCAAUUUAGAAAAGCCUUUAUGUCUGUGUUGUCUAGGCUAAAAGGAUCGUAAUGAUGUUAAACUAACAUAUUGAUCAACUUUACCAAUUGAUAUUGUUAUAAAAAUGGCACUUGACAGUACGUUCACAAUUUUCCCUCGAGGGGAAUUUUAGAACAAUAAAAUAUAAUAAGAGUGAGGUAGAAACAAGAUGGUACAGGUAGCCUUUACUCAGGAUGGUUCAUGGCUUAGUGAAGUUACCAAAAAUUUAGUUCCAGUUGAUUCUGACAAACUAAAAAGUCAGGCAAAAGUAUCGGAUGAAAUGGAAACUUAUCAAAACUAGACACAUAUAAACUGCAUGAGCUCUGGCUUCUGUAUAAAAAAGUUCAAAUGAGAAGUACGUCACCUAAGAAAUCACAGUCUUCAAAGGCAAUAUAUAUCGAAAUAACAACAGUCUAUAUGCUUGCAUAAACAUCUGGAAACAAUAUUGCGUGACUAAAAUAAGGUGUUAGAUUGUUGUAAUUGUAUAGUAAAGGUCAUAAAAAAGGAAGAUAAAAUCAAUGACUUCAAAGCAAAAAGCAAGAAUAUAGUCUUAAAAGCUAAUUCAAGUACUCAAUUCAUUUUCUGUUUCUUCUUCUGUAGUGCAACUUAUAUGCUUAUAAAUGUAAAGGGAUUCCUGAUAUCUUGGCUAAGAUUCUAGAGUUGAUCAACAACACUCCGUUCAAAUUCCUUUGGUAGCUCACCACUUUGAGAAGGCUUCUCGUUAAGGUUCAAGCAGAAUUAGUUGAGUUUGUCAGUAACUCAGUCACUGAUUGAACUGAACUGUUCAAUCAUCAUCUUUUACUGAAGGGAGUCUAGAGAUAAACUGCAUGUGCAUUUGGUAUAAAGAUCUUAAAGGUCAUUAAUGGAUUCAUACAGUCAUGUAGAUUGACAAACCAGCCAUCAAUUUCCACCCCACCCCACCCCCUCCGUUUCACUCAUUUUCAUUAAUUCUUCUAGUUUCUCUCGGUCCAUAAUAUCCCUUCUGAUAUGGCAUUAUGAGAAUACAGAUUUUGAAUGUUGUAAUUUUUUCAGUGCUAUACUUACAUUCUUUCUGUGUUUGAUUUCAGCAGCGUAAAGAAUGGCAAAUAUUAAAAACAGGGAGGCAUCUCUCAAACUUGGUCAGACUAACAGUAAGUGUGCAAGGUGCGGAAAGACAGUGUACUUUGCUGAGCAAGUGUUUGGUGCUGGAAAGAAGUGGCACAAGCAGUGUUUCAAAUGUGUUGAAUGCAAUAAGUCCGUUAGCAGUUCUUCUCUGCGAGACAAAGAUGGUAAGUCAGAGGAUCUUGUCAGAUAAAUUAAAGCUGCUUUCUGGAGUGUGCAAGCUAAAUUUAUAGGGUUCAUAAGGUAAAGCAAACCCAGCCUAAAUGACAACAAAUUUGUCUAUCAGUAAGCUAUGCUGAAUUCUUGCAGGGCUGGAACAGUGCUUGAAUCCAGCUUCAUGUCUAAUACCUUCCCCUGUGUUUAUUGGUAUUUUUAGGUGAGAUCUAUUGUGCCAAUUGCCAUACCAGAGCCUUUGGAACAAAAGGUUAUGGAUAUGGCAUUGGGAGUGGAGUGCUUAGUACAGACACUGGAAAGGCUGGAGAAAUUGUCUCUACAGCACCAAAAACUGCUCCUUUAAACUCCAAUGGGCUAGCGCCUAGAAAUGGCUGUCCUCGAUGUAAUCUUGUGGUAUAUGAUGCUGAAAAAAUUCGAGCAGUUGGAAAGGUAAUAUAGGUUUAUGUGUAGUAUAAGAAGAUGUUUUUUUAUGAGAAGAGAGGCUUGAAAACACAUUGUUGGUGACUUAAUAAUAUUUAUUAUCUGCAUGUACCACAUUUGAGGCUUAUUUAAGGUUAAGUUGGAAAAAAAAGCUUAAGCACGCUUUUAUAAUAAGUACAGCUGGCAUUGGACUGCACCGAAACUUGAUGUCUUUUUUUUCAUGAAAGUUUAGCCAUUUUAACCUCUUUUUAAACCAGUUAACCUUUCUUUAAGCCAGUAGAAUUUACCAAGCAGCAGGCUUGUGGCUUUAUAAUUUAUUCUUUUACACGGUAAUAAUUAUUUUCUGUGGUUUGUUGUUUAAAGCUGUUUCACAAGCACUGUUUCAAGUGUGUGGCUUGUAGCAAAGGUUUGACUCCAACAACAAUGCGAGAUCAUGAUCAAGAAAUCUACUGCAGAGGUAAUUUCAUUUUAAUUUGAUUGUUUGUUUAUUUCCUUAUUAGUCUCGCUUAGCUGUGAGACACAGAAAAUGCAAGCAUUCCAUUUUUUUUUUAAUUUGUGUGUAUGUGCCAAAAUGGGGUCAUGGUCUCAGGCGUUCCUAGCGAAGACCAUGGAAACUAGGGACAGGAAUUGCGACAGGUCAGAGCACCAUGCUUUAUUUUGUGAAGAAAGGAAAGAUUGAUACGAAAGAUGUCAAGCUUUUCUGGAAUAGGUGGGUUCACAAAUUCUAUCGUUUGAAAGCAUUGUUUAGUUUGGAACAAGUGAAUACUUCAGUGAUAACUUCGAUGGUGACGCUAUAAACUGGUCAGGUGUUGUAAACUUUUAUUGUAUGCAAAUGAGUCUUAUGGUGAGCAUACAGUUUAUUUCAGUGGUGAUUGAAAUGAUGCACCAUCACGUUUUUGGUCUCUGGCAGUCAUGUGAUUUCUCUCGAAUUGAUUUUCGUGUAUUUAUACAUGCGUUCUCAAUCAUAAUUGUUAAAUUUGAUGUAAAAAGUAAAUAUCCUGAAGAAUACUCGAUUGUCAAUAAAGUAGGAAGUGGAAAAACUUUUAGAGAGGAAAUCCUGUUUUGUGUAGAAUUAAUUGCCUCCUCAUUUCUUAUCUAAUCUCUAAGCCAGCGAGACUUCACACUUUUUGAACAGUGAUCUUGUCCUACUUGUUCUUGUUUUUUCCUUCUAUUUCUUUUCAUUUUAGUCGGUUAUUUUCCAUUCAUUGUUUACCAACCCAUUAUGUUUGUUCAGUUAUCCAUUUACUUGAUUAUAAAUGAUUUUUCAUGUCUCUUUUCUUCUCCUAGCACCCACCCCUUUUUUCACUCUGUUCUGUCAGACUUCAGAAUAAGAAAAUAGUUGCAUUUUGUAAUGCUUCAGAAAUGUAAUGUUAACCUGAGCCACAAGACCUUUUGCAGCAUAUUUGUGCUUUUUUCUUUAUUUUUAUUAGCCUUCAAAGUUCGUCGAGCGCGCGUGAUAAAAAUAAACCGCGGGGGAUUUAUUGACCGCCAAUGCCAAGCGGUAGGGGUGGGGAAAGAAGAAAAUAGACGGUAACGUUAUUUUUUUAUCUCGCGCUCUCGCUUGCUCGCCUCGCUCUCGCGCACGCCGAUGUUUUCCAAAAGAGCGAAAAGAAAAAUAAAUCAACGUCUGUGUACAGGCUUCAUUUUUAUUUUCUUGAUGUUUUUAACAGUUCUGUAAUGUUCUACAGGAUUUGAAUGAUCAAAAGAAAUCAGUGACAGCAAGUGACAGAUUGUUCUUUCUGUUGAAUUCUUUUUUUUUAGUGUUCGUGAGAACUUAUGGCAACCUAAAAAGAAAAUUCUCUUACAAUUUUCCGUGUCCUUGAAAGAUGUUUGUGUUUUUCCAAACUUUUCUCUGACAGAUAGUAGCCCUGUGUCAAAACUGCUGACCUACCACCAUUAACCUUAAAUGAUAAAACAUGAUUGCAGGUAACAAACUUGUUCAUUUAUUUCAAUUACAGCCUGUUAUGAGAUCAACUUCGCACCUAAAGGAUUUGGAUUUGGCCAGGCGCUAUCCAGGACGUAACAAGUGGAGGAGCACAGGGAUCCCAAGAAUGGGUUACCUACAUCCAACCAAAGUGCAGCACAUAGGAAAAGAAACAUCUGUUUUUAAACUCUUUUACUUAAACUCACAAGAAUGUCGUAUUCUAUCUAACUGUUUUAUGGAUUUGUAAGAAAAGAAAUUUAUUAUUGAUAAAUCAUUUUUCAGUAGAUGAAAUAAUGAUGAUGAAACCCACAAUACACUUUCAGUCAUAAUGGUAAUGACUUAUUGUACAACAUAACACUCCGUUUGUAACAACUGGUUCUGAGGAGAACAGUUGGGGAGGGACUAGCUUGUGUAGCAUGGCGGUUUUGGUUGGGCGCGCUACGUAAUAAACGCGGGAGGGCAGAGAAACCGCGAGGAGAUUGGGGUGGGAGCUUGGAACUUGAAAAGUUUUGAUUUUUCUCCUGGCUUCGCCGCUCGUGCGCCCGGCUCAACAAAACCGCCAUGCUACGCAGGCUAGGGAGGGACGAAAUACGAGCUCCCGUAAAAACGCCUGGGGUGAGGCUUAUAACAGUUCUAGCGUAAAAAAAAAUCAGAUAAUCAUGAUAUUCACGGCCCCCCAAAAAAACUACACACAUGUAGCUAUUCAGGUCCAGGCAUUUCUAAGAAAAUCAAAGAAACUAAGGUUAUUUAGCCGCAAUGAAAAAGCUUAAGGCUUAAACAGAGGUA